CUUGAAUUUUUGUUACAUUAUUGCACUAAAGUACCAACUUAUCAUUGCGCCACUGUAUUGUGCAUGUAUGGAAUUAAAGUUGUAGACGAUCUUUCAUAUUGAAGGUUACGGUUCUUAACACCAACUCUCGUUUGUUCUAUGGUUAAUUUAAAAAAAAUUAGAGACGUGUUUUUAUAAAUAACAUUAUUCACAUAAACGUUUAUAUAAAUUUCAUUUUUACUAUUUGUUACUUUCUUAAACCAAGUUGUGAAUAAUUACAAAAAUGGGAACUGUUCAUGCCAAGGAUCUGGGUACUUCAAAAAAUAUGGGUCAACGUUUUACGAGUAAAAAGAUGCAUUCAGCUUAUAAUAAUACACAACAUGAUUUUGAAAAGAAGAAAAAUGUACAGACAAAAAUGGUUGAUUUACAAGCAAUAAAAGCACGCGUUGAUAAAAUACACAUUGAUGGACUUGGCCGUACGAAGGACGAUAUUAUAAAAUCACAAGUUUCAGAACUCUUUAAAGCUCAUGAUUUUCAAGAUGUUAUUGUGCGUGCUCAUAAAGUACGAGGAAAACUGGAAGCUUUAGGAUGCUUUAAGAAUAUUGGAAUCUUCAUCGAUAUAAGUGAAGGUCCUAAUGCUACCCCAGAAGGUGUAGAAGUAACUUUUACUGUCCGAGAGAUGAGUCGUCUGAUGGGGUCAAUAAACACAAUGGUGGGUAAUAAUGAAGGAUCAAUUCUUAUUGGUGCAAAAGCACCUAAUAUCUUUGGAAGAGGAGAAAAAGCUCAAGUAGAAUAUUCAUAUGGCAAUAAGAGUUCCAGUAAUAUAAAUAUCUCUACUAUUAAACCAUUUAUAAAUGAUUGGUUGCAUACAAUAUUAACAGGUAGUAUAUAUAGUACAUCAAGUAAUUUUCCAUGGUCUGGAUAUACGGAGAGAGAUAAUGGCCUUUUAUUGGACAUAGCCUGGUAUACAGGAGCAAUAAAUACAUUAAAGCACAAUUUUCAAUACGAAGCAGCAUUUAGACAAGUAUCGUGCUCUAGACAGUCAUCGUUUAGUGUUCGCGAACAAUGUGGUCCAAGUUUAAAAUCAUCUUUAAAACACAUUUGUUCAAUUGAUAAAAGGGACGCGAGACUAUUUCCAACUAGAGGAAAUUUUAUUCAAUUUUCUAGUGAAAUUGCUGGCCUAGGUGGUGAUAUCGGUUUUAUAAAAAAUGAACUUAUGAUGCAAAGCAAUUGGUCACCACAUAAGUACCUUACGUUCCAAGUAGCUGCUCAAGCAGGAUUGUUAAGAAGCAUUAAUAAUGAAAUGAAAAUUAGUAUUAUUGAUCACUUUUUCUUGGGUGGACCAUUAAAUGUGAGAGGUUUUGAUAUGAGAGGUUGUGGCCCUCGUAGUGAAGGUAAUGCUACAGGCGGUGACGUAUAUUGGUCAGCUGCUUUACACGCUUACACACCUCUUCCAUUCAGGCCGGGUCGUAAUGGUUUUGGUGACCUAUUUAAACUACAUGGUUUUAUCAAUGGUGGUAAUCUUUCUAAUUUUACACCUAAACUUGCUAAUAAUUAUAAAGAAAACAUGAAGAUAUUUACGGACAAUGUUCGUUGUUCUGUUGGAGGAGGUAUUGCAAUGGAGCUUGGAAAUGCUGCAAGAAUAGAAUUAAAUGUAAUAAUGCCUUUAUUAUUUGUUAGGAGUGAUGUAUUGCGACAAUUUCAAUUUGGUAUUGGUGUACAAUACUUAUGAACAAAUUAUAUUUUUAUAUAGUAUUGUACAUCUUGUAUUGGUGGAUACAAUUUAUUCCAUUGUAAUGUAACAAUUGAACGUUUGAACAAAACCUGAUAUUAGUACAAGCGAAGCUUACGAUUUCAUGUCGCUGAUAGUCUAUUAAUUGUCUACAUUGUAGACAAAUCAAAUAUGUCACUUAUUCAUGUCUAUUUGUAGAAAAAAAAAAA